ACCCCAACCAUUCACCGGAGAUGAGAAGCGCCACAGGAAAACGAGCCGCGUCGCUUUCGCGAGAGAGGGACACCUGCUCUGCUUCCGCUUCCGCUUCCCCCUCUCGAGUCUCUCGCCUCUCCCCCGUGGCCAACCCACACACCGCGGGUUGGAGGAGGAGGAGGAGGAGGUAGGGGAAAUCCCCGUCGGCCGUCGGCUCGGCGCCGAAUCGAUCCGCUUAGGCUUCUUCUGCUGGGCUCUUCCAUGAAGCAAAUGAAGUUUAUAAUGCACAUACUAAUGUUCAGUAUAUUAUACUGAGAAUCAACUUUAUUCUCAGCUGUAUAUACACUAGUAUGCCAGCCAUUGGUAGCUACUUGAAAGGAUGGUGAAACGCAUAUGAUUACCCAUGAUGAGCAUGUGUGUUCCCUUUUUUUAUUAGUGCUAAGCUGGAAAUCAAUAAAUCCAAGAUAUUCAUGGAGCAUGCUACCUGUGAUGAUGUGCAUGAGCAUGCUAUAAAUGUAUCACAUGGAGAAACUGCAUCAACAUCAACCAGUCAUCAAGAUUUGCACAGUGAUUCAGAUGAUUCACAUCAGGAUGAUAGGCCUUCAACAAGCACACAAACCCCAUCACCACAGUCUUCAGCAUCAACUUCGCCCACUGCAUAUAACACCAGAAAUUUAUCCUUUCCUAGAAGAGAUAGUAUGUAUGGUCAUGGAAGAAGUAUUUGGAAUUCUGGUUUGUGGAUCUCGUUUGAACUGGUCAUAUAUGUAGUACAGAUUGUAGCUGCUAUUUUCGUCCUUGUCUUUUCAAGAGACGAACAUCCGCAUGCCCCUUUAUUUGCAUGGAUAAUUGGUUACACAAUUGGCUGCAUUGCAAGCAUUCCUCUUAUUUGUUGGCGCUGUGCCCAUCGAAACAGACCUUCGGAACAAGAACCUGAACAACCACCCGCAGCCUAUCCUAAUUUGACUUCCUCUCAAUCAUCAGAAGGACGCAAUCAGCGUAGCAGUGGUACUGUUUUGCAUUUUGGAUGUAUCACAAUUUCGUGUCCAAGGCCUAGCAUAUUGGCUUAUCAUUUCAAGACAGCUGUAGACUGUUUCUUUGCUGUAUGGUUUGUUGUUGGCAAUGUGUGGAUUUUUGGUGGGCACAGCACUUUGUCAGAUUCUCAGGAAGCUCCCAAUAUGUAUAGGCUAUGCUUAGCAUUCCUUGCACUUAGUUGUGUUGGGUAUGCUAUUCCCUUCGUCAUGUGUGCAGCCAUAUGCUGCUGCUUUCCAUGCUUAAUUUCUCUUCUGCGCCUUCAAGAGGAUUUGGGUCAUACUAGAGGAGCUACUCAAGAACUAAUUGAUGCACUGCCAACCUACAAAUUCAAGCCAAAACGAAGCAAAAUGUGGGUUGACCAUGCUUCAAGCUCAGAGAAUCUUAGCGAGGGUGGCAUCCUGGGCCCAGGAACUAAAAAGGAAAGGAUUGUUUCAGCUGAAGAUGCUGUGUGCUGCAUCUGUCUUACUAAGUACGGAGAUGAUGAUGAGCUCCGUGAGCUUCCUUGCACCCACUUCUUUCAUGUGCAAUGUGUCGAUAAAUGGCUCAAGAUAAAUGCAGUGUGCCCACUCUGCAAGACCGAGAUUGGGGGUGUGGUUCGAUCAUUUUUUGGCUUGCCCUUUGGUCGCCGACGUGUUGAUAGGAUGGCAGGAAGAGGUAUAGCUAGCUCGAGAUUCACUGUAUAGAACACGUCUUCUUCUCUAGCAUGUUUGCUUGUUUCAUCUGCUCAUAUGCACAUAAAAGACGUGCUCAUGGAUUGUAGUUUGUUGAUUUGCAAUGAAAGCGAUAAUCUGCUUUCAUCACCCUUGAGUUCACCAAAGUGAUGACAGAAAAGUGGAGACCUGAUGCUUGCAGUGACAAGUUUCUGCAGUACAGUAGAAACAUAAGUAUAUUCUGAUGUAACAUUUGAUGUCAAGAUUGUAAAUAAAGAGCACAAAGUUCACUUCGGGGGUGUAUAUCUGCAUGUGUAUGGGAAAGGAAAGCCUAAUUAGUUAGUAACUUUGUGGGCAUUU